AUGCCAGAAGCAAUCCUCAACGACAUCUCGCAUCGCCGCUACAAUCCAUUGCGGGGUAGCUGGUUGCUUGUCUCCCCACAUCGAACGAAGAGACCGUGGCAAGGCCAGCAAGAAUCUCCAUCCAAAAUUACCUUACCAGAAUACGAUCCAGCGUGCUACCUCUGUCCUGGAAACAAACGCGCCCAAGGCGAUACCAAUCCCAAAUAUGUCGAGCCAUUCGUAUUCGUCAAUGACUACAGCGCUGUGAAAGAAUCACAAGCAGAAUACAAGCCAGAAGCCUCGAAAGACCUCUCAAGCCUCCUCCUCCGCGCCGACCCGGUAACUGGCAGAUGCUACGUAAUAACCUUCUCGCCCUCCCAUAACCUCACGCUCGCGGACCUCACUCCUGCUCAAAUCCUCCCGGUAGUACAAAUGUGGACGCAAAUCUACGCCGCGCACCUCUCGCCUUCGAAUCCCCUCUCGAAAAUCGAAGUCAAGGAAACACAAAAGUUACCCUUAAGUCCACCAAGUUCGCAACUGAGAUGGAUGCAGAUAUUCGAAAACAAGGGCGCGGCGAUGGGAUGCUCGAAUCCGCACCCUCACGGCCAGAUCUGGACCACUACUGGCUUGCCAGAAGAACCUGCAGAGGAACUUAUCCAGUUGCAGAAAUACCGGAAGGAGAAUGGGCGGAGUUUGCUAGCUGAUUAUGUCAAAGUGGAGAUGGAGAAGGAAGAAAGGAUCGUGUUCCAGAAUAAAGGGUUUCUUGUCGUUGUUCCGUGGUGGGCUACUUGGCCGUUUGAGGUUAUGAUUAUCAGUAAAGAGCAUAGGAGGGCUUUGGUGGAUUUUAGUGAGGAGGAGAAAUUGGGGUUUGCGGAGGCGGUGGCGGAGGUUACGAGGCGGUAUGAUAAUUUGUUUGAGACGAGCUUUCCUUAUAGUUCUGGUAUUCAUCAGGCGCCACUUGAGGGCACGGAGGAGGAGAUUGAGAGUUCGCAUUUUCAUAUGCAUUUCUAUCCUCCUCUGCUGCGUAGUGCUACCGUUAGGAAGUUCUUGGUUGGAUACGAGCUUAUGGCCGAGCCGCAACGAGAUAUAACCCCCGAGCAAGCGGCGAAGAGACUUAGGGAUGAUUGUGGAGGUGAGUUGUAUAGGAAGCAUUUGCAGUGA